UGCGCGCCUCCCGCCGCGGCAGAUGCGCCGGGGCCCGCCGCGCAGCUGGGACUAUGGUGAAAUUUCCAGCGCUCACCAACUACUGGCCCCUCAUCCGCUUCCUCGUGCCCCUGGGCAUCACCAACAUCGCCAUCGACUUCGGCGAGCAGGCCUUGAAUAGGGGUAUUGCUGCUGUCAAGGAAGAUGCUGUGGAAAUGCUGGCCAGCUAUGGGCUGGCAUACUCGCUGAUGAAGUUCUUCACAGGUCCGAUGAGUGACUUCAAAAACGUAGGUCUGGUGUUUGUGAACAGCAAGCGAGACAGGACCAAAGCAGUUUUGUGCAUGGUCGUGGCUGGAGCUGUAGCUGCUAUAUUUCAUACCUUAAUAGCAUAUAGUGAUUUGGGAUAUUACAUUAUUAAUAAGCUACACCAUGUGGAUGAAUCAGUGGGAAGUAAAACUCGGAGGGCCUUCCUUUAUCUGGCUGCCUUCCCUUUUAUGGAUGCCAUGGCUUGGACCCAUGCUGGCAUUCUGCUGAAACACAAGUACAGUUUCCUUGUGGGAUGUGCGUCCAUCUCAGAUGUCAUAGCUCAGGUUGUUUUUGUAGCCAUUUUGCUUCACAGUCACUUGGAGUGCAGGGAGCCUCUUCUGAUCCCCAUCUUGUCUCUGUACAUGGGAGCGCUGGUGCGGUGCACCACGUUGUGCCUCGGCUACUACAGGAACAUACACGAUGUCAUUCCUGACAGGAGCGGGCCUGAAAUGGGGGGAGAGGCCACAAUAAGGAAGAUGCUGAGUUUCUGGUGGCCUUUGGCAUUAAUUUUGGCAACUCAGCGAAUAAGUAGGCCGAUCGUGAACCUUUUUGUCUCGCGGGACCUAGGUGGUAGUUCUUCAGCCACAGAGGCAGUGGCAAUCCUGACAGCUACAUAUCCUGUGGGACACAUGCCAUAUGGCUGGUUGACAGAAAUUAGAGCGGUGUACCCUGCUUUUGACAAGAAUAACCCCAGCAAUAAAUUGGUGAACACUAACAGCACCGUCACAGCGACACAUAUCAAGAAGUUCACUUUUGUCUGCAUGGCGUUGUCUUUAACGCUCUGUUUUGUGAUGUUUUGGACACCAAACGUCUCAGAGAAGAUUUUAGUUGAUAUAAUUGGAGUAGACUUUGCUUUUGCAGAGCUGUGUGUUGUCCCUUUGCGCAUCUUCUCCUUCUUCCCAGUUCCAGUGACGGUCAGAGCACACUUGACUGGUUGGCUGAUGACUCUAAAGAAGACGUUUGUGCUGGCGCCCAGUUCGGUGCUGCGGAUCAUCGUCCUCAUCGCUAGUCUCAUAGUUCUGCCUUACUUGGGAGUUCAUGGAGCCACCCUUGGAGUAGGGUCCCUUCUAGCUGGCUUUGUAGGAGAAUCCACAAUGGUUGCGAUAGCAGCCUGUUAUGUCUAUCGGAAACAGAAAAAGAAGCGGAAUGAGAAUGAAGCAGCUACAGAAGGUGAAGACUCUGCUAUGACUGACAUGCCUCACCCAGAGGAAAUGACGGACAUCGUAGAAAUGCGAGAAGAGAAUGAAUAGCAGCUGGGAGGCCGUUGUUCUCUGCAGGGACAAUUGGAAUGACACUUCAACAUCUUGUCUUCUCUCAUACUUUUUUUUUUUGGUUGUUUUUAUUUUUGUAAUAAAGAGGCCUUGAUU